CUGUUGCAGAAGUGGCCUGCCCUCCCCUGCGCGCACCGUGUUCCUCUUCCUCCGUGUGGCAAGCGCUGGCAAGUUGAGACACACGCGAAGGAGUGGCAGAGAGGAACGAACGUGAGCGAGCACACGAGACGACGUGCUUGUUUUCUCUCUCUCUUUUUUUUUUAUUUUUACGUUUUUACCGUCAAAACAGCGCACGCCACUCCAAAACUUUCCCCGCUUUCCUUUGAACCUUUUGCGGAUCGCGUUGCGCCCCGUGCGUAAAUGGCACUGGCGUCUUAGCGCAAGGAGACAUUUCUGGGAAGGAAGACAAGAAGCGGUGUGUUGCAGGUUGUUUGGGAAUCCGCUGCACGAAGACCUGUUGUCGGCGUCGUCCGCGUGCACAUGUCGCUCGCGUGAUCCCCCCCCCGCCCCGCCAUCCCGGACGAAUCAAACACGCGACGUACGGCUAUGGACAAAGUUUAAUUACUUCGCAAAGCAUAGGUGGGAAAAAUACAAUGAUGGAAAGUAACUCAUUAACUCAGCCCCCUCCCCACCUUGUCAUCAUGCGGCGGUUCAGCUCCGAAGGCUCUCUCCUGGAUUUGGAUUUCCUUCCUUGGAAAAAAGUUGCGCUAAAGAACACGGACGAGCCUCGAGACCGAAACUCUGGGACGUACACUUUGCACGAAUAUUCCGAUGAGCCCGACUGCGCGAGGACUGGCUGCUUCCCGCCUCUCAUCCGGGAACCGAGCGGAAAGAGGCAGCUGACCAGAGAACGGAGCAUAAGCACGGAAAACUUGGACGAUAUUAAAAAGGACAGUAAAAACCGGUUGAGCGUGUGCGUGAUUAACGAGGGGUGCCGGGCGUACAGCGACGGACAGUUGGCACCGGUGGCAAACGGGAGCAGCACGGAGAGCAUAGAGAAAGAGGAAGCGCCGGCGUCGCCCACUGACCCGACCUGCGCCAACCCCUCCAAGUCCCAGAAGAGGGCCAAGCUGCUCGCCGCCAAACUCCACCUCAAGAGUCUCUUCGGAGGACAGAGUCCUCACUCCUCACACUCAAACCUCUUCAACCCCGAGCACAAGGAAAGCGUGGCGGAGAGAAGGUCCCGGCUGCUCUUCAUGCGUCAGUGGAGUCAGGUGGGACACAACAGGAAGGGAAAGAUCAGCAGAGAGGAGCUGGAUCGCUGGUCCCAGUCGCUCACCUCCCUGCUCUCCAGCCCCAUCGGAGUGUCGGUGUUCGGGGCUUUCCUGCGCUCAGAGUUCAGCGAGGAGAACCUGCAGUUUUAUUUGGCCUGUGAACAGUACAAACACUCGUCCAAUAACUUCAGUCUGCAGAGGAGGGGCCGCGACAUCUGCAACACCUACAUCGUGCCAGGGUCGCCCCGAGAGGUGAACCUGGACAGUAAAACCCGGGACUUGACCAUCCAGCUGCUGCAGGCGCCGUCCCACGCCUCCCUGAACCUGGCCCAGAAGAGGAUCUACUCCCUCCUGGACACGGACUGCUACCCCCGCUUCCUCCAGUCGCCCCUCUACACCACGCUCCUGCAAGAGUCCGAAUGACCGGCCCCCUGUGCCGCUCCGGGACACAAACUGCAAAACAAAAAAAUCACCGUCUGUUAAAAGCACCUGGAUUUUUUAAUUUAAGAAUAUGAAAAAAAAAAAAAAAGACCCGUGCACGGUUCUUUCCCACUUAUAUUAACCCCAGUACAGAUAGAGUGUAUAUAUCCGUCGCGUGCUGCCUGCGUCUUAAUUAGAAAACGCUUUAUUGCCCGAUGAUCAGGAAGUGCACGUUAGCAUGCUAGUUGUUGUUAUAGCUGUAGCUGUCACGGCCAAACUCCACUCUAGUGUUGCUGUGAGUAAUUAAGAAGCUCGAAAGUGAGUAGAGUAAAGUAAAGGUCACUGCAAACUGUUUAAAAGGAAAUAAUUCUGGUUUUUCAUAAAAGUUUUAAAUUCAGUGAUUAAUUUGACAUACCGACGCUUCGACGUUCCGGCAUUCCGACACGCCCCCGUUCCGAAAGCUUUCGUUGCCGUUCUGACAAUCUACUCAUAGUUUGGAGCGUCACCUUUUUUGCCUUGUAAACAAAGUGUGGGCCGUGUCUCUGAACCAGGACUAAAACUAGGACUAAACCAGGACCAAAACCAGGUCUAAAGCAGGUCUAAAGGAGGACUAAAUCAGGACUAAACCAGGACUAAAACCAGAACUAAAUCCAGGUCUAAACCAGGUCUGAAUCAGGGCUAAAACCAGGACUAAACCUGGACUAAACCAGGACUAAAACCAAGACUAAAACCAGGUCUAAACCAGGACUAAAACAUGACUGAAAUCAGGACUAAAACCAGGUCUAAACCAGAACUAAAUCCAGGACUAAAACCAGGACUAAACCAGAACUGAUAUUAGGAGUAAAACCAGGUCUAAACCAGGUCUAAACCAGAACUAAACCAGAUCUAAAAUCAGAACUAAAUCCAGGUCUAAACCAGGACUAAAACCAGGACUAAACCAGGACUAAACCAGAACUAAAACCAGGACUAAACCAGAACUAAUAUUAGGACUAAAACCAGGUCUAAACCAGGUCUAAACCAGAACUAAAACCAGGACUAAACCAGAACUAAUAUUAGGACUAAAACCAGGUCUAACCCAGAACUAAAACCAGGUCUAAAAUCAGAACUAAAUCCAGGUCUAAACCAGGUCUAAACCAGGACUAAACCAGGACUAAAACCAGGACUAAAACCAGGAUUAAACCAGAACUAAUAUUAGGACUAAAACCAGGUCUAAACCAGGUCUAAACCAGGACUAAAACCAGGACUAAACCAGGACUAAACCAGGACUAAAACCAAGACUAAAACCAGGUCUAAACCAGGACUAAAACAUGACUGAAAUCAGGACUAAAACCAGGUCUAAACUAGAACUAAAUCUAGGUCUAAACCAGGUCUAAAAUCAAGUUUAAACCAGGUCUGAACCAGUCUGUGGAAAUAUUGUCUCAAAAAGAACACCGCCGCAUCUUCAUAACUCCCCUGUGUGUCGGAAUGGCGGAAUGUUUGAUAAAAAAAAAACCCAGUACAGAUAUUUUGUAAAAUCAGCUCCUUGGGUCAAAACAAAACUGUUGUACUGUCUGUUUCUAAAGUUAUUUUUAUCCUCUGCGAAUCAAGAAGUCAGGUUGUACUGUCAGCAUGCUCGUUGUUGUUAUUACCGCAACAACAAAACACCGCUCUAGUCUGAUCGUUUUGUUAAAAGCUCAUUUAAACUCAUCGCGGUGAAUAAUUAGGAUGCAAGAAUGAGUUAGAAAAGUUAUUUUUUUACUCUUUUGUAAACCAUUUAAAGUAAACUAGUCCUGUUUUCACGUUUCACAACCGAAAAAAACAAAUUCUUAAAGGUGCAUUGUGUGAUGUUUCUGGUGUUGGGUCCAUCAAACGCUUUUCUCCAUGGAGAUAUUCUUGCUUUGUCUGGAAUGUUUCACAGUAUGGCAUUAAACUAGGGUGAUCAGACGUCCCUGUUUACCCGGGACAGUCCCAGUUUUGAGCCCUUUUCCAGCAGAUUUAUACAAAAUCCCCAAAAUUGUCCCAGUUUUAUACAAAAAAUGUCCCAGGUGUCCCUAUUUUUGACCAAUCUGACCCCUGCCAACAGUAAAGAGAGGCAUUAUUGUCACUUGUUUAGGUAAAAUCCAGAAAAGCUGCUUAAAAAUGACCAAAACACAAAGAAAAUGUGACUAUACUGACUCAUGUUUGUACUGAAUGGGCCGAAUAGUUUUCCUUAAAGGUUGUAUGGAGGAUUUUUUAUUUAUUUUUUUCAGUUUCAAAUUGUCAGUGAAAGUUUAAAAUAUCAUUACAGAGACGCAGCAGCCUUGUAAUUAUGAUGACCAAAAAAAAAAAAAGAAUGAAAAUCUAUCAACUGUGGACGUAGUGAGGCCAGAUAAACAUCAGCCAAUAGAAAACAAGACUUCCUCUUUAUCUAUUGGCUGUUAGGUUGUCAAUCAAACUCGGGGGGAUUACGUGGUUUAUGCAGCGGUUCUUAGGCUGCGAUCAGACUGCAGCCUGAAGUGACCCAAAUCCGAUUUUUUGGCCCCUAUGUUCCUGUAUCUGAUCUUUUAAUGACAGUCUGAACGACACAGAUCAGAUUUUAUCAAAUGUGACCCAGGACACUUGGAUAUGUGCUCCUGAAACCGAUACAUAUCUGAUCUUUUGACAUGUGACUUCAGUCUGAACGGCCAAAGUGCAUUCAUCCACCUACACGUUAUCAACAAGACACAAACGUCACUAU